AUGGAGGCCACAACCUGUAAUGGAUCAGUGGGUGGCUCACCAGUCUUCUACCUGGUGGGCAUCCCCUCUCCGCCAGAAUCCCUCUUCCUCCCUGUGAUUUUUAUUUUUCUCCUCUUCUAUCUUCUCAUCCUCAUGGGUAACGCCCUGAUCCUGGUGUCUGUGGUGGCAGAGCCCAGUCUCCACAAACCCAUGUACUUCUUCCUGAUCAACCUCUCAGCCCUGGACAUCCUCUUCACCACAACCACUGUCCCCAAGAUGCUGUCCCUAUUCCUGUUUGGGGACCACUUCCUCAGCUUUACUUCCUGCUUAUUGCAGAUGUACCUCUUCCAAAGCCUGACAUGCUCUGAAGCCUUCAUCCUGGUGGUCAUGGCCUAUGACCACUAUGUGACUAUCUGCCACCCACUGCACUACCUUGUCCACAUGACCCCACAGACCAAUGCUGCACUGGCAGCCAGUGCCUGGCUCACUGCCCUCCUUCUGCCCAUCCCAGAAGUAGUGAAGACCUCCCAGAUGGCAUAUGACAACACUGCUCGCAUCUACCACUUCUGUGAUCAUCUGGCUAUAGUUCAGGCCUCCUGCUCUGACACUGCCCAGACCCUUAUGGGUUUCUGCAUUGCCAUGGUGGUAUCCUUCCUGCCCCUUCUCCUGGUGUUUCUCUCCUAUGCCCACAUCCUGGCCUCAGUGCUUCACAUCAGCUCCCAAGAGGGACGCUCAAAAGCCUUUUCCACCAGCAGCUCUCACCUCCUAGUGGUUGGCACCUACUACUCAUCCAUUGCCAUAGCCUACGUGGCCUAUAGAGCUGACCUGCCCCUCGACUUCCACAUCAUGGGCAAUGUAGCGUAUGCUAUUCUCACACCAAUCCUCAGUCCCCUCAUUUACACUCUAAGAAACAAGGAUGUCAAAGCAGCCAUUAUCAAAAUCACAUGUCUCAAGAGCCAGUCUGGGAUAGGAGCCCUUGACCUUUAG